CCAAGCAGCAAACGCGUUGAUACCGGAAGGAAGUAGACAUGCUCUGUCUCUCCAUAGCUCAGAAUGUUGUAGCGCCGAAGAAACGGAGUCGGAAUGUUGAACACAGGAGCAAAGCUCGUUUUAUUGCAGACAUCGACAGAGUGAACCCAUUACGGCGGGAACUCCCGAACACCGGAAGUGGAACGAACAAGAACGUCUGUGCGGAACCUCGUAACCUAACUCUUGGUCCCGUGGGUGAAUUAUGUAGACCACCACACCGUAACCAUUUUCAUUGGCCCAUGCGCUGACCAUUCUACGUAGACGUGAGACAAAUAAGACAGUUUAAAUGACAUUUUGUCAGUUUUUACAUCAGAUUUUUUUUUUAGGUGUCUCAUUGAAUGCUCAAGUGUCAUUAUAUUUCGAUGAGAGAAGAAUCCUCUGUUAUGUUAGCCUGCCGUUAGCCAAGUCUAUCAUACAUGUAGUGGCUGCACGUUUUUACCAGUUAGCUCAUGCAAUCAAAUGGAUUACCACUUCCCACGGAAGCUUUUCCCUUCAUUCUACAACUGUGGACCACCAGAAUUGAAGCUGAAACACUGUGCUGGGAAUUGGGGCAGUUACGACCGGGUCAAACCUCAGGGUGUAUCUGGACCUCCCAGCAACUGGAGCUUUAUAUCCAGUCAUCAGGUCAGAGGGGAGAUAUGGCGUCAUAAAGAACCGGCACCAAUACCCGUCUUCAAACCCAACACCUCUUUCAUUUGGUCUUCAACUCCUCCUGACCCACUCGACUUCACAGAGCAUAUGCAAAACUUUUACUUUGAUCAUUGCCAGGAUGCCUUGGGUUGCAUCACUGAAGUUUUGGGUGAUGCUUUCAUUUUUAAAUAUGGACUCAAAAAGCAUCAGUGCAAAGGUGCAGCGUCCACACGGAAGAUAGCACGAUUCCUCGACAAGCUGAACUUACCAAUAUGUCACGAGUCACAUUAUCCCAGAGCACUGCACUCAUAUUGUGCUUUGCUGUCAGAUGUUGUGCAAAAUGUGCCACCAGAGCUCCUGGGCUCUCUGUUGCAUGAGGAACUGACUGAGCAGAGAGACCGCCAGCUGUUCUCUGAAGGAGCCACCGGGGGUGCUCUGAAUUUUAUUCCCUUCUCACAAAGUAGAGACUCUCAACAUGGCUGUCUCGUCUAUCCAGGAAACCAGGGAAUGGACCAGCUCAACUUCCACAGAGUGGAGUUGGCUCACUGCCGAAACAAAUGUUUCUCCAUGAACUCCAGUGAAAGCAAACCAUUCAGCUUCCAACUGAAAGGCCCGAUUCGACAGAUCAGCUCAGCUUCCUUGUUCAACAUUUGUUGUGUUUCUGUGAGGUCAGAUUAUUUGUGUGGCGUUUGGAGAUUUAGUGAAAGAGAAGAACCACGUUUGCUCCAAGUUGUUCACACCAAAGAGGUUCCCACUUGUGUUAGUGUCAGUCCUCACAUUUUGGGUGAAGUCUUGGUGGCAAGUGAAAGUGGAACAACAAACCUGUGGACUGUUGGGAAAGGGUUCCAAAAGGUUUGGGAAGACAACACCAAUCUCUACUUUAAUGCUAAGUCAUCAUGGCGAUGGUGUGAAUUCUCUGCUCAUCCUCGAGUGAUGCUCUACGCUGACAGGACUGGUGCAGACCUGUGUGAUAUCAGGAUGACUCCUGCCACCAAUCAAACACUGUUUCGCAUCAGCAGAUCUACAGAGUGUCAAAGUGGAGAGAGGCUCAUCAUCUGCAAAUAUCUGGCAGAUGCUCACCCUUUUCACCAUCUUGUCACCACCCAGUACUCGGCUUACAUAAUGGACGAGCGAUUCCCGUGCUUGCCAAUGCUGAAGAUGGAUCACAUGAUGGAGUCCCCACCAAUGUUCUGUCAUAUCCUUCCUGGUGUAUCUGCAUCCUGUGGUGGCGCUCGAACCACUAAGGUCUUAUUGGGUUCUCAGAGCUCUCAAGAAAUCACACAGCUGCAGUACUCUGGUGGCCGAGCAGAGACGUGUGUCAGUCUGGGUCCUCCUCAAGCACUCCUUCGGCCUUGUGAUAGCCUCAAACACCUUCCUGUCCAGAUCCCUCACCGCAUGGAAACAGCAACUAACAGGCUGUCCUCAGCAUCUGCAGGUUUGACAUGUAUCCAAAGGAGUGCAAAUGAGGGAACUAGUUCAUAUAUCUAUGUGCUACAGCUGACAGAGGCAGGUGAUAUUUUCUACCAGACCCUUGAACAUGAACCACUGCAGGAUGAAGCGCCUCCUGAAAAAAUGUUUAAAAAACAGCCAGAACCGACACUGGAAAAGGCCACAGAAAUUGGGAGCAAAUAUGAAAAAUCUUCUCUGCCUUACAAUGCGCAGGGAAAUUCUCAGUUGAUGGCAAUUGGGUCAAGUCAGGGUGUAGCACCUCACAAGGUUGUGCCUGAAACAGCAGCGAAUAAAGUUCAAGUUUACGAUGUGUCCUCAGACACUGGUUCUGAGGAUUCGGAGACACGAGGGAAAGGACAAAACCUGAAAAGAUUGAAUUUACGGGUACCAACCCAGGAACAUUUGUUUAAUGCAAACAGAGAAGAUGAAAAUGUGACCAACAAUCUAGCCUAUGACCUGACUCAACCGAGCAGGGAUCAGGGGACAUCCACCAAUAUGAAUCAGGCUAAUCUACCUGGCCAGCAGACUCCUAUGGAGCUCAGUGAGGAUGCUCUCACAACAUGGAAACGCUGGCUCCAAAGCGUGAUGCGUAAGAGUCACAAAAAGAAGACACGUCCACGUGGGCCGCACCAAAUCACAGUCAACACCAGGCGCCACCUUAGCCUGACCAAUGACAAAAUGAAAGAAUUAUCUAAAGAGGAGCAGAUGACCGGCAUGAGACGUCAAUUAAGUGUAUGCAUGUCCAAGUGUUCCCUGCUGGUUAGAAGUGAUCCCUCAUCAGAUCCUCUGGAAGUGAUACCAUUUCCAGACUUGGUGGAUACGGGACUGUGGACUGACGAUUUCAGUCAACGUCUGACCUUGUCCUGGCAUGGAGAGGAGAGGUGGCGAGCAUGGUGGGAAGACCGGCUGGGGAUGAAUAGGGAACAAAAGGUUGAUGCUCUCAAGAGAAAAAGGAAGAGGCAUCGGGAAGCAAAGAGCCAAUCCAGGGGUCAACGAUUUGAGCUCUCUGAUAGCUUUUCUUCAUCAGCCACCUACCAAUCAGAGAUAGAUGAUUUUUCCAGCUGGUCCUCUUCUGCAAGCCAAGGGGCAUUGUCUGAUACAACGGAGGAGGGGUUAUCGCAGUGUGAGCGCACAAAGGCGAGUAAGGGACUGAGAGCCACGACACCCACCAAUGCGCCCAAUGAGGCUACAUCAGACGUCGUUAACCAAUCCAAGACUGUCCAACUUGACUCCACUCCAUCCAGUCAGAAAAGGAGCAAGCGACCUGCCAAGGACUACCUUGAGUCUCUCUUUGGAUCACAGGAAGAUCCCCCUGAACACAACUACUUUGUUGCGGAGCAGCAGUCACUUGGUUCUGUAGCCCACUCUUCCCAGUCUCUGUCCCUCUCCCAGAGUUCCCUGGGGCGACCAAAGUCACUGGUGUCACAACAAAAGAAAAAGAAGGCACGGAUGGGAUUUUGAUGAGUCCAUUGCUGCAUGUUCAGAAUGCUGUCAUGGUAUUUUGGCUUGAAAAAUAUUUUUGUAUUUGUUCCCCUUCCUCCCAUAUAUACAUAUUACACUCUUUUCAUCUUAAAAAAAAAAUCCCGUUAUUCCAUCAAUCAUGGACUCAAUUGAGCUCAUACCUUCUGCCUUAAAGGAAUCAACAAUCAUGCCUCCAAGGACAGAAUGUCUCUGCUCUUACCUGCCAUUUUUUAUGACUUAGUUGAUCUCAAGAUAUGGAGAAAUUGAUUAUGGGUUCUAAUUUGAACUAAAACAAAUUGGAUCUUAUUUGCCAACUGUCAUCUUCAACGCCAAAGACCAACACAGGGCAGAAGAGGGACUGCAUACUAGGUUGGUAGGACCAAGAGAGACUUUUAUAAUUUGUGUUUAUACAUGCAAUGUCCAAAUGUGGACUGCCAAGUAAUCAAAAUGAUCAUGGAUGCUACUAUUUGCACUCGGUAAAGUGACAGAUAUUUCACUUUUUGACAAAUGUCAAUACACAGUUGAAAGCAAAAAGUGUUUGUUUCUUUGACCUUCCAUCCAUCCAUUUACUUAUCCGCUUAUCCUCACAAGGGUCCCAGCUCUCAUCAGACAGGAGGCAGGGUACACCCUGAACUGGUUGCCAGCCAAUUGCAGGGCACAUGGAGACAGACAACAGUCGCACUCACAAUCACACUGAGGGUCAAUUUAAAGUGUCCAAUUAAUGUUGGAUGCGAACUCCACACAGGUGGGUCCGCAUUGAACCCUGGACCUCAGAACUGUGAGGCCAACGCUUUACAGCUAUGCCACCAUGUCACCAGGUUUCAAAUCGUCAAGCCAAUUUUAAUGUCACUCAGUGACAACCCAAGGAAAUACAAAAUGCAGUUUUCAGAGACAAUUCAGUUUAUUAAGGCAUAAAAAAAAAUCCAAACAUUUCUGACCCUCUUGUGAAAAGGUAUUUGCUAAAUGUGCAUCAGAAAAUUCUGAAGAACGUCCAGCCUAACCUUCAAACUCAAACAGUCUUGGAUAAUGCAUCAGGACAACGAUCCGCAACACACCAGCAAGUCAAAAUAAAAUGAAAUAAGGUUUUGGAGUGCCCAAAACAAAGUCCAGAUUUCAAUCAAAUUGUGAUGCAGUGGUGUGACCUUAAUUGUUCAGUUAAAAUCUGUUCAUGCUAGAAAACCCUCCAAUAUGGCGGCGUUGAAACAGUUCUGCAAAUAAGAGUGGGUCAGAAUUCCUCCAGAGCGAUGUGAAAGACUCAUCAUAAAUUAUCGCAAACGCUUGAUUUCAGUUAUUGCUACCAAGGGUGGCACAAUCUGUUAUUAGGUUCACGGGGUAAUUGUUUUCACAGAAGGUCAGAAAGAUUUGGAUUUUUUUUUUCCUCUCAUGAAUUGAAUUGUCAUUUGAAAACUACAUUUUCCUUCAGUUGCUCUGUUAUUCAAAUUUCUUUUGAUAAUUUGAAACCUUUGUGUGUGAUAGAUAUGCAAAUACUUUUUCAUGGCACUGUAUGCUCCCAUCCAAGCAACAUAUUUUCCCUGGACGCCCCUGCUUACUUCAGCAAGACAAUGCAAAACCACAUACUGCACAUUACAACAGUGCAGCUUUAUAGUGAGAGUGCAGGUACUAGACUGGCCUGCCUGCAGUCCAGACCUGACUCCCAUUGAAAAUGUGUGGCGGACUAUGAAGCAUAAAAUACUACAGUGGACUGUUGAACAUCUGAGGGUGUACAUCAAGCAAGAAUUGGAAAGAAUUCUACCUACAAAGCUUCAACAAUUAGUGUCGUCAAUUUCCAAAGGUUUAUUGAAUGCUGUUAAAAGUUAAUGUAACACUGUGGUAAAUAUGACCCUGUCUGAACUUCCUUGGAACCUUUUUUUUUUUUAGACAUAAAAUUCCAAGUUAAUGAUCAUUUGCUAAAAGCAAUAAAGUUUAUCAGUUUGAACAUUAUGUAUAUUUUUGUAGUUUAUACAAAUAUAAGUUGAACAUAA